AUGCUCGUACCGCCCGUAUCGAUGAUAAUGUACCACGAGCUACCAUCCAUCAAAAACAAGAAAAGGGAAAAAAUCCCGGAAGGUACGCUUUGUGUGGUAUGCAGCGAUCUGGCAAGCGGUAUUCAUUAUUCGGUAGCAAGCUGCAACGGCUGCAAGACAUUCUUCCGACGGGCUCUGGUUAACAAGCAAACAUUCACAUGCCAAUUUACUGGAGAUUGCGUAGUAGGAAAGUCCGUCCGAUGCGUUUGUCGAAGUUGUCGACUGAAAAAAUGCUUCGACAUGGGAAUGGACCCAAAGGCCAUCCAACAUGAUCGAGACAAAAUCCGGUACACAAAAGCGCUCAAGAAAAAGCGGGAAGAAGAAAAACGGUUAAAAGAAGUGGUCAUCAAGGAGGAGAUUGGAAGUCCGCAAAGUAUCGCUUCGGACACCUACAUUAACACAUCAACUCCAUCAUCCAGCACAAUGCUUCAUUUUAUGAUUGAACAGGACCAUCACUCAUCAAUGGACCCUGAAACACAGAACGAUGUAAAAGCAGUGAUAGAAGAUUUACUACGGAUAGAGUCGAAAGUGAAGUCACUUAGGAACUCAUUUCGGUUCGAAUCUCAUAUCUCGGCGACGUCUUGCAUGUACUCAAGCUGUUUACUCGAUGACAUCACGUAUAUGGCAGAGAACUCGGCGCCGCAUGAGCAACCGGCAGAACCGUUCGAGUGUACAGUAGCAAAGUUGAGAGAAUGGUUUGGAAGGGAUUUGUCGUUGAUGUUGGAAUGGGGCAAGUGUCUGCCGAUUAUGGAAGGAUUACUGUUGAAUGAUAAGCUGGCACUGAUGAAAGCUUUUGCCCCAAUAUUUCCGCUUAUUCAAUUAGCAUUCUACACAAAAAAUGAAUUUGAUUGCGACAUUGUAAUAAAAAUGGAGCCCGACUGCACACCGAGACCAAUCCCAGAGCGUCUCAAUUAUCCGGACGGCUCGUUUAUUGAAAAGGGUGACAAGCCGACGAAUUCAUGGGAGGAGAUGCACGCGAUGUUAAUUGACGGAUGCUACAAGAUGAUGCGGCAGCUCAAGAUCAAAGAAUCAACAUUUGUACUCUACAAGCUUCUUCUCUUCCAUAAUCCAGAUGCCGAUGGACUCUCCUCACUAGGAAAAAAGACAAUUGAAGGCGAAAGAAUGCGGCUGCUGACUCAAAUGUUCGGCUAUUUAUCUUCCGAACGAGGACGGGAUGCACAGACCAUUUUCUCGAAUCUCCUAAUGAUGUCAGCGACAUUGAGUAAAGCGGCGUCAUUCAUCAAACGAGUCUUCGACUUCAAUCAUAUCUUCAACCAUACCAAUGACCUGAUAGACCAGUUGAUCAUAGUUGGACUUUAG